AAAUGUAUCAUCGAUUGGCACUUAAUAUACAGUGGAAAACUAUUAUACAAUGUACAAUACCUAUAAUGUCGACACUAACUGGUAGUACUAUUAGACUUGAUCAGCAUCGUUGGUCUAACAAUUAUCAACAGUUUUGUCAAACACGGAUAUCGGGAAAAGGAGUAGUAGUUGGGCUAAGAUGUGCCAAAAUGUUGACCACUGCUGAACACAUACAACAGUUAUACACUAAUUAUUCAAACCGAGUGGUCAAAGUGCUUAGCAAAAAAAUGUCAAACUGUGGCGAAUCGUAUCACUUACAGGAAACCGGUAUCAUUGUGGACAGUAUGGAUGGUUUGGUACUGACCAACUUUUAUCUAGUGUCCGACUGUCCAAAUGUGACCAUACAGUUAGCCACUGCAUACUAUGAAAAGGAUAUAAUAAUAGGAAAACCUAAUAGUUUGACUCCAGUAAGCAUAAUGAGUGGACAGGUAGUCUAUGUAGAUCCACAAAUAGAUUUGGCACUCAUACGUAUGACAGACUAUGUUAGGGGUUCGCUGAGAGCCAUGGAUUUGUCGCAAAAUGUGCCCAACAUUGGAGAUGAAGUAAUAUUACUGGGAAAUGCCGAUAUGUUUGGCACUUUACAGUACGGCAUCGUAUGCUCAUUGCCGCGUAGGGGUGAGCUAAGUAGGAGUUGGCUAAUCAAUAGACAAGUUACUAUCAAUGAGGACAUUAUGUUUGCCUAUCAGUCGCCAACUGUAAUCAACUGUUGUGGCGGUGCACCGGUUAUUGAUCUGAACGGUCAAGUGGUCGGCAUUUCAUUGGCAUUUGUUGAGUCGAAAAUCAAUUUUGCCACCAAAGCUACCGAUGCUAUAGCGUUUAUUGAUAAGGGCCGUCAUUUUCUGGCCAAUGAAUACAUAGCUAUUAAAAAUCAAAGACAAAAUCGGCUGAAACGGCCAAACAGUUUAGGUAUUAUACUGAAGGGUAAUGUCAUCAGAGGUUUUACAUAUAAUGUCACAGAUGCCAGAAAUCAAUUGCAAUUGAAUGACAUAAUCUUAAGUAUAAAUCAUAUUGAAUAUACCGGUGCAGUCCAAUUGGUCGACGCAAUGAAUAACUUAAUCGAUGGACAGUCGAUUGAAUUGAUGGUUAUGCGGGUGACGACAGCCGCGAGCGGACAAUCAGAUGUGAGUGAAGUGACGGCCAAUAUUAGACCAGUAGUCGAAUAUAAUUGGUUUUAUUUUUAA